AUGCGCGCUUCAAAAGUGUUCCCUCUGCUCGCCGUCCUCCUUGCGGCGAGCGCUCUGGCUGCUCCGACGGUCAACGAGGACGAGACCUUGGACGACGAUAUCAAUGAUGCGGUGUGGCAGGACGACCCCGAGACCAAAGUCGACACCAACAAGCAUUCGUCGUCGUCGUCGUCAUCAUCUCCAAGCUACGCCGGCUACAGUGGUACGCUCUUCCCUGCCAGCUAUGGCAGUGGAAACGUCAAAGGAGCUUGGUGAGCAUCGUUGCAGAGAAUGAAUGACAAAGUUGCUCCGAACACAUCUUGACCAAUGCCUCUUUUUUUCGUACUCUCAGCGAGGAAUACGUGUCGGACACGGCCGAAAUCGCUAGCAUCCCUUCGAGCAUCCUGAAGCCGUACACUGCCGACAGCAGGUGUGGAUGGUUCCUGAACGUGAGUCGUGGCGCGCUUGAACAGUGCAUGUACAUUAACUGACAUCCGUCUCUUCUUUGCAUCACAGUUCAGGUACAAGAACACGGACUACAAGUACGUCGUGAAGGACGCAACUCAGUCUGACAGUGAGUAUGCGCCGCCGCCGCCGCGAUCGAGCUCUUUUGCUUUGCUGACCGUUCUGCUCGCCCACGCGCAGAUAUCAUCCUCGUGUCGAAGCAAAUCUUCAAGGAGCUUACUGGCUCGGAGAGUGGCGGACUCCAGGGCAUGCAUUGGUACAUCACUCCCAACUGA